AUGUCAACAAUCCCAGUAUGAGUCAAGAAUCAAAACCUGCGGCUGACGAGAAGCUUCGUCAUGUAGAACUUGAUGUCCUGAUUCCCAAAAUGGUGAGAGAUAGAGCCAGGAAGGAAAAAUGUUCAUCCGAAGUACAAGCUUUCAGCGAUUGUGCUGCAAAAAGCUCAUUAGGAAUGGUUCUGAAGUGUCGUAAAGAAAAUAGUGCUAUGAGAAAAUGCUUGACAGAUUGGUUCAGAGAUCCAGAAUUCUUUAAUUCAUGUAAACAAGAAUAUUUAAAAGAAAGAGAAGAAUUCAGAAGAACGGGAAAAACAAAAAAGCAAAAACUUCAUGAAGAAUUGCAAUCACAGUCAUGAUGAAGUGUUUUUUAAUGCAUGGUGGGACAGAAAAAAAAUAAUUGUUAUGAGUGAGAUUUCAGGAAAUUUGUGGAGUCAAUAAUUAUGUUUCUUGUUUUUAGUGAUGUAACCAAUCACCUUAA